CCCCAUUCAUCUUCCAACAUCCACCCAACAUGGUCCCUACUAUGUUCCCUAGUACAACCCACUAAACAACCAUAAAAUUCCAGGAGAAACAUGGUACUUUCUUAACCCUUUAACCACCAAAUAAAUCCUCAUAUAUGCAGCCAAAGUACCACACAUUAUCCUUUCCCUUUGUCCCCCCUAGUUGGCUGAACACAUCCCCCCCAAAUCAUCCUAAAAGAAUGAUAUCCAUUCCCCUUGGUUUGCCUUUCAUUGGAGACCCUACAACCACACCCAUCCCUGAUUUUUUUCCAAUAAAAGGACCUAAAACAUGGCUGAUAUUUCAAGGCUUUGAGAGAGGAUGUUGCUAGGAAGUUUCCUUAUGUCUACAUUCAAUGUAUUGUGUAUUUCUUCUCCCUUCCACCUGCCUAUAUAAUCAGGCCCUAUUGCCAUUGUAAACACAACUUUGAAUAUUAAAACUCCAUUUUACUCUUUGAGUAUUAUUAAAAUAGUGUGAUGCUAUUUUAGCCAAAUUCCUAAUUCUAUAUCUUAAGAGUGGUUAUCUUAAGUGUGAGUUUUAGGUUCUAGUUAUUUAAUUGAGUGUGUCAUAUCUUAAUUAAAUUCUAGACUCAACCCAAAGUUAAGAUAAGGGUGUGUCAUAUCUCUUAACACCAACUUGGUUUAUCAUCUCCUAUUUUAUUCCCCCAUUUCGUACCUCCCCAUAUUCUCUUCCUAAACCUCUUCUUUUCUUCCAAAAAAACACAAAAAAGAACUCCAAAAACACCUCCCAUAUUUCGCCCCAUAUACUUCCGCAUUCAUUUCCUCCACAAAUUCAUCACAAAAUUAGCAACUUGAUAAGACCCCCGGUUCACCCCUAACAUUUGGUAUCAAAGCUUUGUGUUGAACAUCCCUAAGGGAUCAUCUUGACACGCCUCCCUCAUCUCUUUUGUCAACCAUACACUCUUCAAGCAAUAUAUCCACCAUGCCAAGCUCUUCUCAAAACAUGUUUCAAGGGAAAUUAGCUGCUGCCCAGGAGACACUAAAGAAGGACGUUGAGCUUGUGAUGAAACAAAUCAAGGAGCUCACUAAUUCAGUGGAGAUUCCCACGUUUGAGGGAAGAAAUGACCCGGAGAAGUUCUCAAAGUGGCUAGCAAAAGUUGAAGACGUCUUUAUACUCAAAGACGUACCCGAAGACAAGAAGGUCAAGCUAGUGGUGGCAAAGUUUCAAAGACAUGCCUCUACUUGGUGGGCUAGCGUUGCCUCAAAACGAAAGCUCCAAGGAAAAGCGAAGGUGAGAACUUGGGAAAAGUUAAGAAAACUCUUAAUUAAGAGAUUUUCUUCCAAAGAUCAUAUCCAUCAGGUACUUGAAAAUACUCUCCCUUUUUCACCAAAAACUCUUUCUAAAACCAUGUCCUUUUCUCCACAACAAAGUUCCCAAAAGCCAUCCCAAAGCACCUUCCUAAAAACCCCAUCAUUAAGCCCCGUACAAGGUGCCACAUCCAUCCCCAUUCCUACCCCUGAACAUACACUUCAAACACCGUCCAAACCCAUCCCUUUACCUUCCCUACCUACUGCCCAAACUAACCCCAAAACCCUUUCAACACCCCUGCCCCAAAAGUCCUCACAAACCAUCUCUUUUUCCUCCUUGGAUACUAUCCAAAUUAACCCCAAAACCCUGUCAAUACCCCUGCCUCAAAACUUUCCUAAACUCAUAUCUAUAACCCCUCCACAAACUGCCCAAAACACCCCCAGAUUCACAUCCACUUCCACAGCUCAAAACCCCCACAAAACCAUAGGCCCUCCACCAAAAGCCAUGGUCAUACCUCCACCAAAAACCUGCCCAUCUAUUCCCAAGAAUUCCCAUUGCUUCCAUCGUCAAAAUAUUGGUCAUUAUGCUAUUCAAUGUCCAAAUAAGGAUCUGAAGUCCUUGCUUGAAGAAGAAGAAAAAUCAGAAUCUUUGGAACUUAAGGAAGCACAAGAAGAUGUGAAAUCUCAAGGCCAAUAUGUAGAUGAACUCGUGGGCAGUGAUAGGCCAUUGAGUAGUCUGGCCCACUCUCUUACUCAUUUAACUCCCCAAAAGUGUUAUGAGAGGACCCAAAGUGGAGUCAUGAGCCGAAACGCAGGAGCCUUGCCCCGAGGGUUAUCUUCACUAACGGUACCUCGUACCGAGUUUGUUAAGUUUUUGCAGGUUCCAAGUAAGGAAGGAAUACAAGAAACAUCCGAGUUUUAUUAUAAGACUCGUGAAAGGCUUGAGAAGAGAAGGGACCUCAGUCCAUAUGACGGUCUUGAUUAUCCGUUGAGUUUGAGGGCAAACUCUUUUGAAGACCGGGAGGAUGAUAUAUCUGGGCCCGAGCCUAUCAUACCCUCCCCCAUAUCCCACACCCUCAUGGAAACCAAAGGACUUAGGUUCAAACAUUAUGAUCCAUUUUAGUGAGAAUUCAAUGUCCUUUAGCCCGAAAGGCCAAAAUAACUUUCGUUUUGACCUAAGGGUUCCGCUGGCCAACCCCCACUCCGUCCAACCCAACCCUAAACAUCCAAAAGUAUUUCAUUUCCUUUUGAUAUCCAAAAUAAAGUCUC